GCGGGCGCGUGAAUCAGGCCGGGCCGGCGGGCGGGCCGCGCAGGGAGUGGCUGCCGGACCGACCGGACCGCGAGGCCGCUGGGCGGCGGUCGGCUCCUGCUGCCCCUGUGCCGAGACCCCGCGCACCUGGCCAGCGAUGCAGUCUCACUGUGGCCCAGGCAGAGUGCAUUGGCACAAUCAUAGCUCACGGCAGCCUGCAACGCCUGGACUCAAACGACCCUUCUGCCUCAGCUUCCAAGUGGCCGAGACUACAGGCCCUUGGCCCCGACAUGGCCCGUCGCUCCCAGAGCUCCUCGCAGGGGGACAACCCGCUGGCACCCGGGUACCUGCCACCUCACUACAAAGAGUACUACCGCCUGGCGGUGGAUGCACUGGCCGAAGGUGGCUCGGAGGCCUAUAGCCGCUUCCUGGCGUCCGAGGGGGCACCUGACUUCCUGUGCCCUGAAGAGCUGGAACAUGUGAGCCGACACCUUCGGCUCCCACAGUAUGUUGCCCGAGAGCCCCCCGAAGGCAGCCUUCUUGACGUGGACAUGGAUGGCUCCUCGGGUACAUACUGGCCAGUGAAGUCAGACCAGGCCGUGCCUGAGCUUGACCUGGGCUGGCCCCUGACCUUUGGCUUCCAGGGCACCGAGGUGACCACCUUGGUGCAGCCGCCACCCCCCGACAGCCCCAGCAUCAAGGAUGAGGCCCGCAGGAUGAUCCGUUCCGCCCAGCAGGUGGUGGCCGUGGUGAUGGACAUGUUCACUGAUGUGGACCUGCUGAGCGAAGUGCUGGAGGCCGCAGCCCGUCGGGUCCCAGUCUACAUCCUGCUGGAUGAGAUGAACGCACAGCACUUCCUGGACAUGGCAGACAAGUGCCGUGUCAACCUGCACCACGUGGAUUUCCUGCGCGUGCGGACUGUGGCGGGCCCCACGUACUACUGCCGCACGGGAAAGUCCUUCAAGGGCCACGUCAAGGAGAAGUUCCUGCUGGUGGACUGCGCUGUGGUGAUGAGUGGGAGCUACAGCUUCAUGUGGUCCUUCGAGAAGAUCCACCGCAGCCUGGCACACGUGUUCCAAGGAGAGCUGGUCUCCAGCUUCGACGAGGAGUUCCGCAUCCUCUUUGCGCAGUCCGAGCCGCUGGUGCCCUCGGCCACGGCCUUGGCCCGCAUGGACGCCUACGCCCUGGCUCCGUAUGCCGGGGCUGGGCCCCUCGUGGGCGUCCCUGGGGUCGGGGUGCCAACGCCCUUCUCCUUCCCUAAACGAGCGCACCUCCUGUUCCCACCACCCCGCGAAGAGGGCCUGGGCUUCCCCUCCUUCCUCGACCCGGACCGCCACUUCCUGUCGGCCUUGCGCCGGGAGGAGCCGCUGCGGAUGCCGGGGGGCGCCCUGGAGCUGCACGCGGGGAUGCGGCCACUGUCGCGGCGCCUGGAGGCUGAGGCCGGGCCGGCUGGGGACCUCGCGGGCACGCGGGGCUUCUUCCAGGCGCGGCACCUGGAGAUGGAUGCCUUCAAGCGGCACAGCUUCGCGGCCGAGGGCGCGGGCGCCGUGGAGAACUUCGCGGCCGCGCGGCAGGUGUCGCGACAGACGUUCCUCAGUCACGGAGACGACUUCCGCUUCCAGACCAGCCACUUCCACCGCGACCAGCUCUACCAGCAGCAGUACCAGUGGGACCCGCAGCUCGCACCCGCUCGACCGCAGGGCCUGUUCGAGAAGCUUCGUGGAGGCCGCGCGGGUUUCGCGGACCCAGAUGACUUCACUCUGGGCGCCGGGCCGCGCUUCCCGGAGCUCGGGCCCGACGGCCACCAGCGGCUGGACUACGUGCCGUCCAGCGCGUCCCGCGAGGUGCGCCACGGCUCGGACCCCGCCUUCGGACCCGGUCCCCGCGGCCCGGAACCCAGCGGGCCCCCGCGCCCCAACCUGGCCCAGCGUUUCCCCUGCCAGGCGGCGGCCAGGCCCGGCACAGACCCCGCUCCGGAGGCGGAGCCUGAGCGCAGGGGCGGGCCGGAGGGGCGGGCCGGGCUGCGGCGCUGGCGCCUGGCCUCCUACUUGAGCGGCUGCCAUGGCGAGGAUGGGGGCGACGACGGCCUGCCGGCGCCCAUGGAAGCCGAGGCUUAUGAAGACGAUGUGCUGGCUCCGGGGGGCCGGGCAGCUGCCGGCGACCUGCUCCCCUCGGCCUUCCGCGUCCCCGCAGCCUUCCCCACCAAGGUCCCCAUGCCAGGCUUGGGCGGCGGCGGCGGCAACAACAGCCUGGAGCGCGAGGGUCCGGAGGAGCCCGGCCUGGCCAAGCAGGACUCCUUCCGCUCGCGCCUGAACCCCCUCAUCCAGCGCAGCUCCAGGCUGCGCUCCUCGCUCAUCUUCAGCGCGUCACAGGCCGAGGGCGCGACCGGGACUGCGGCGGCCACUGAGAAGGUGCAGCUCCUGCACAAAGAGCAGACGGUGAGCGAGACGCUGGGGCCUGGCGGAGAGGCCGUGCGCUCCGCGGCUUCCACCAAGGUGGCCGAACUGUUGGAGAAGUAUAAGGGCCCAGCCCGUGAUCCCGGCGGCGGCGCGGGCGCCAUCACCAUUGCCAGCCACAGCAAGGCCGUCGUGUCCCAGGCAUGGCGGGAAGAGGUGGCGGCCCCAGGUGGCGUGGGGGGCGAGCGCCGCAGCCUCGAGAGCUGCCUGCUGGACCUGCGCGACUCCUUUGCGCAGCAGCUGAACCAGGAGGCGGAGCGGCAGCCAGGAGCCGCCUCGCUCACCGCGGCGCAGCUGCUUGAUACACUGGGCCGGAGCGGCUCCGACCACCUACCCUCCCGCUUCCUCUCUGCCCAGGGCCGCUCCACCUCCCCGCAAGGACUGGACAGUCCUCUGCCACUGGAAGGGCCCGGGGAGCGCCAGGUGCCCCAUUCUGAGCCAAAAGCAAGCCCCACCUCGGCUUACCCUGAGCGGAAGGGGAGCCCCACACCUGGGUUUCCCACUCGAAGAGGAAGCCCAACGACAGGAUUUAUCGAGCAGAAGGGGAGCCCCACCUCAGCCUAUCCCGAGCGCAGGAGCAGUCCUGUGCCCCCAGUGCCAGAGCGCAGGGGCAGCCUCACCCUUACCUUCUCCGGAGAGUCCCCGAAGGCCGGGCCCACCGAGGAGGGGCCGAGCGGCCCCAUGGAAGUCCUGCGCAAAGGCUCCCUGCGCCUCAGGCAGCUGCUGAGCCCCAAGGGCGAGCGGCGCAUGGAGGAUGAGGGAGGCUUCGCAGUGCCACAGGAGAACGGGCAGCCCGAGAGCCCGCGGCGGCAGUCACUGGGCGGGGGUGACAGCACGGAGGCUGCCACAGGAGAGGAGCGGGGCUCCCGGGCACGCCUGGCCUCUGCCACGGCCAACGCCCUGUACAGCAGCAACCUUCGGGAUGACACGAAAGCCAUUCUGGAGCAGAUCAGCGCCCACGGCCAGAAGCACCGGGUGGUCCCUUCCCCGGGCCCCGGCCCAGCCCACAGCAGCCCCGAGCUAGGCCGUCCACCGGCUGCUGGUGGCCUGGCCCCAGAUAUGUCCGACAAGGACAAGUGUUCAGCCAUCUUCCGCUCCGACAGCCUGGGGACCCAAGGCCGGCUGAGCCGCACGCUGCCGGCCAGCGCGGAGGAGCGCGAUCGGCUGCUGCGCCGCAUGGAGAGCAUGCGCAAGGAGAAGCGCGUGUACAGCCGCUUCGAGGUCUUCUGCAAGAAAGAGGAGGCCAGCGGCUCCGGGGCUGGGGAGGGCCCGGUGGAGGAGGGCACCAGGGACAGCAAGGUGGGCAAGUUUGUGCCCAAGAUUCUGGGCACGUUCAAAGGCAAGAAAUGAGUUUCCUGGCCCAGCAGCCCAGGCCAGGGUGUCCAAAUUGCUGCCAUGACCACCCGGAGCCUCCACAGAGCAAGGAGAGCACUGCUCCUGUGCUUGAGUGGUGACUGCCAGGCCACGGCUGCUUGGGGCUUGGCUGAGUGCGCCACAGCUCGGCUCCUGUUGGGGCUCACCCGGCAGCUGCCGUCUGUGCUCCUGGCCUUUCCAGUACUAGGGCUCCAGCCCCUCGCCACCAGUGCCUUUCUUCCCUCAGCAUCUUCUCUCCUCAGCAUCUUCAUCUCUGCACCAUCAGCCUUGCAUGGCGCGGCGUCUGGCUCCGCCAUCUCUUUGUGCUUCAGUACCCCCACACCUUUUUUUUUUUUUUUUUUUUUUUGAGACCCAGGCUGGAAUGCAAUGGCGCCAUAUCUGCUCACUGCAACCUCUGCCUCUCAGGUUCAAGUAAUUCUUGUGCCUUAGCCUCCCAAGUAGCUGGGAUUACAUGUGCCUGGUAUCGUGCCCAGCUAAUUUUUGUAUUUUUAGUAGAGACAGGGUUUCACCAUGUUGGCCAGGCUGGUCUCCAACUCCCGACCUCAAGUGAUCUGCCCGCCUCAGUCUCCCUACAUGGGGGGAUUACUGACGUGCGCCUCCGUGCCCCGCUGAGUCCCCUGUCCUCUUUCAAGGGCCCCACGUUUGUGCCUCAAUUCCCCAUUCUCUGGGGCUCCUUUCCUCCUCAGGGCCUCCUGCUCUCAGGGCUCCCCUCCCUCCCUCCCUCUCUCUCAGGGUCUCCUCCAUCCUCAGGGCUGCAUUUCCUGUCCCACUUGGAUUCUCCUGCUCACUGCCUCCCAGCAUCUUUCUCUGAGGCCUGUGCUCUUGCUGUGGGGAAGAUUGGGCUGCUGGCUGCAGGCCGUUUGCAAGGGAGGGGUGGAGCCGGACCGGAAGGAUGCCCCUUGGAGUGGCAAGGAAGCUGGGCAGGGCAGACGGCUGGGAAGGGGCACAGGGAAGCCUCAGGGGCUGCCUUGGCAGGUCUGCCGUCUCCUCCAGCAAGGCUCUGGCCAGCACUGGGUGAGAGUGGGGAGGGGCACUGGGCUUUGCAGCUCAAUAAAACGGUCCAGAUGGACAACCUGUGGCCGCAGCCUCAUGAGCGUCCCUUGCGUAGGCCCAGCCUGGGCACCAGAAGGGCUGGAUGGUGGGGUGCUUGUCUUUGACAGGUGUGGGGCCAGGUGAGGGCAGGGGACAAGGUGCAGCUGAGGCUGAUCCCAGCUGUUGAGACGCAGGUCCUGGGCACCCCUGCAGGUGGGAGUGGUCUUUGCCCUCCUGGUGUCCAGCAGACACCCCACCCCACCCCUGUUCUCAGGGCCUUUCCUCUUUGUCACCAACACCAAGAAUGGGUCCAGGCUUCCUGGCUUAUCUUUUCUUUUUUCACCCCCAGUGAGGAACCGUAGCGGACUCAGAAUGAUGCAUUUUGGCACCACAUGCGUGGAAAGUCCCCCAUUGUUAGACGCUAGCUUUGUGCAAUUCGUGUUUCUGUAUGCUGUGUUUUUAAAUUGCAUCUACACCACCAGGAUCUGCUAUUUCUUUUCAAAAAAAAAUUUUUAAUGUAAUAAAUCCUAAGAGGGAACUGACUUAAGAAACAAGGCCGCUAGAGGCAGCAGUUCGGACUCCAGCAGCUGGGAGAGGAGGGGAAGUGGCCCUGCUGUCUCUCUGUCCAGCUCUGCUGGACAGCCCCAGCUGGUUACCAAAGCCACCGCCCAAGCAGGGACGACAGCAGGGACUUCUGGCCAGGUGGGAAAGGUGCCUGGAGCGGGUGCACCUGUCUCUUGUGGGCACGUUUGCCUUGGUGCUGCCUGGGGUGUGGCUGAAUGGACAGAUUCUCAAAGUGGAGCCCAUGGAGAGGCCAGAGGCUGGCCGCCCUGCUAGGGCCUUCGGAGUGUCCUGCCUGCACCCUCCACAUCUUCUAAACCAGGAUGGGGCACAUUUCGGUGUUAAUAAAACACAACCCACAAAAUAA